UGGAGUGAACGGUGUCCUUCACAUUUAAAUGUCGCGUAUACUCACAGGAUUCUCUGCAAAUGCUUGCCUCAAACUGCUUCUGAGGAACGCGGAACGCGGCAUAUAGAUCACCAAGCAUACAUAGCCCCGACGCUGGCUUGUUGCGGCUCCUCAAUUUUAUAAAAACACUUUGUCGUGUCUUCGGCGAACAUAGAUUCGGACACUGGCUUGGGCAGUGGGGAUCCCGUUGGAAUGCCAAUGAUAAGGUUCAAAACCUAUUCUGCAAAGUCGCACUUGGAAGUAGUGUCACGCCGAAGGAUGCAGUGAGCUCCUGCAGGUUCUGGAUGGGUUCCGUGAGGCAAGGAAGUGCAAGGCCACUGACAGGUUGCAAACUGAGGUUUCAGGCCAGUGGGUCUUUGCAUCUUCUAUAUACUGUAUACAGUAUACGGGUUGCUCCGGAGGCUAGGCAGGUGCCUGUGAGCGGUUUGUCCCUGGAGGUUCCAAGUUGGCAAUUCUUUUAUAAGAGGGUGGGGCAGAAGCAAUUGCUCCGCAGUAGUUCUGCUGCACGAGGUGUUUGUGGGUGCACAUAUACGCACAUAUAGGCCAAAAGGGGAAUGCCUUGUCGUUUUGAUUCUCGUGAUGACACGAAGUGAUUUGGCUCCAGCUCAUCGAUCGCAUUGCUCGCUCGCCCCCUGUCUUUGAUUCGCUUCUGACGGCUCCAUGGCUGCUGAAGGUGAGACGACUCCGGGCACCGUGGACAUGAAGGUGACUGCCAAGAAGAGCAUCAACUUCUACAUGAACUCUGCCAAGGCUUUCUUCACUGGAGUUGUGGAUAAAGAAGGCAAGAACCGUGAGCCGGUGUGUGUCUUAAACAUCUCUGGCCUUGGCGAUGCAAUCAAUAUCGCUGCACAGGCGGCUGGUGCUGUUGUUAAGGAGGGUUUGGCCACCAUCCACAAGAUUGAGACCUCGUAUCCGGAAAUGAAGCUGAGCAACGGCUCUGAGAGAGGCUGUGCCAGAAUCAUGAUCACCCUCCACAAGAAGGUGUGAGUUACAGCCACCAUUGCUCUGCUUUACUUGUGAAUGUUCACAGACCCAGCUUGGCCAUGUUGAACAGAGUGAGAUCCCAAGCAACUUCAUCCCAGAACAAGGUUAAGGCCACCUGCGGAAGGAGGGGAGGGAGAAAGUUCAGGUUAGCGGCUAGCGGCAUAGCUGGGAUUCAAAGGGAGCAGCGUAUACCAGAUACGGAUGGUAUACUGUAUGAAAUUUGAAGUUCUGUGCGAGGGUCAGGAUGAUGGUGGUGAAGAUGGGGGCGGUGUGAUGGA